AUAAAUGAAAGCGAAAAAGUUGGCAUCGUUGGACGAACCGGAGCUGGCAAAAGUAGUUUAACAUUGGCCUUAUUCAGAAUCGUUGAAGCGGCCGGUGGUUCGAUUGUCAUCGAUGGUCAGGAUAUCUCGAAACUCGGUCUGCACACACUGCGUUCAAGAUUGACAAUUAUACCACAGGAUCCGGUGCUUUUCUCGGGGCCAUUGCGCUUCAAUUUGGAUCCAUUCGCUGAAAAAUCCGACGAUGAAAUUUGGCGUGCAUUGGAAUUGGCGCAUUUAAAAUCCUUUGUAGAAGAGACAUCUUUAGGUCUAAAUCACGAAGUUGCGGAAGGUGGUGAGAACUUGUCAGUUGGUCAACGGCAACUUGUUUGCCUAGCUCGUGCCUUGUUGCGUAAAACAAAAGUGCUGAUAUUAGACGAAGCAACCGCGGCCAUUGACUUGGAGACCGACGAUCUCAUUCAGGAAACAAUUCGAACAGAGUUCAAGGAGUGUACGAUUCUGACCAUUGCACAUCGCUUAAAUACAAUCAUGGAUUCAGACAAGGUCAUUGUGCUGGAUAAAGGUCAGGCCAUUGAGUUCGAUUCACCCAACGCAUUGCUGCGAAAUGAAAAAUCAGCAUUUUAUAGUAUGGCCAAAGAUGCCGGUUUAGUAUAAGCAUUAUCAAAAUAGCUCAUAAACAUUCAAUAACCUACCAGAAUGAUACCGUACGGUAUGAAUAUUUGACGAGGUUAAGACGGGCAUUACACUUUGUGUGUCUCACGUACAAUGUUGUAAAGUGAUCGUAAAUGGCAAUAUAAUUUUGAGAUAC